AAUCACAAACUAACGUGAGACUAGACCAAAUUUUUGCAAACAGCAGAAAAUGUGAUCUUUUUUUGUAGAGAGUUCUUGCAUUUAAUGUAGCUGUUUAUAUGAUUGAAGCGCUUAAUAAGUGUUUUCAUUGAGUAUAGUUACAGAACAGCUGCAGAAAUCUUAAGUGCUUCUGUUCAUUUUUUUUUCUCUGUAGUUUUGGAACUGAAAAAUCUCAGAAGAAAACUGGAGGCUGACACAGAUCAGGGUGAUUCCUCAACUGUGCACUCUCCUGACAGAGGCACUGCUUUUGUGGGGUAGAAAUGAUGACAGGGGGAAAAAGGAAAAGAAGCACAGUCUGGAGGAAGAUCCAGGCUGUUCGCUUUGAAGAUAUCAAAACCUGGUGUAUGAGAAGGCUGCCUAUCUUGAAAUGGGUGCCUGUCUACAACUGGAAGGAAAAUUUGGUUCCUGAUACAGUGUCUGGGAUGAUGUUAGCCAUCCAACAGGUGACUCAAGGGCUGGCCUUUGCUAUUCUGUCUUCAGUCCAUCCAGUUUUUGGUUUAUAUGGAUCUUUCUUCCCUGUCAUUGUCUAUGCCAUAUUUGGAAUGGGACGUCAUGUUGCAACAGGAACUUUUGCUUUAACUUCCUUAAUAUCUGCCAAUGCAGUUGAGCGCCUUGUUCCUUCAGUCAGAGCUAAUUUCACUGCAAACAAUGAUUCCGGAAUUCUGGGUUUGUCGGAAUUUGAAAUGCAGAGGAUUGGAGUUGCAGCAGCAGUUUCAUUUUUAGGAGGAAUCAUUCAGGUAGCGAUGUUUAUGCUGCAGUUGGGCAGUGCCACUUUCUUGUUAACAGAACCCGUGAUAAGUGCGAUGACAACAGGAGCAGCUACACAUGUUGUGACUUCACAAGUGAAGUAUCUGCUGGGAAUGAAAAUGCCAUAUAUAUCGGGACCACUGGCAUUUUUUCAUAUUUAUGCCUAUGUGUUUGAGAAUAUCAGAUCAGUUCAGUUGGAGGCAUUACUUCUCUCCUUGCUGAGCAUUGUCGUGCUUGUUCUGGUUAAAGAACUGAAUGAGAAAUUUCAGAGAAACAUUAAAGUUGUCCUUCCCAUCGAUCUACUUUUGAUAAUUGCUACAUCCAUUGCUUGCUACUAUGCUGAUAUGGAAUACAUCUACGGGAUAGAAGUUGUGGGAAAUAUUCCUAAAGGGUUGCCAUCACCAAAAGCACCACCCAUGAGUGUCCUGCCUGAAGUAGUCACUGAAGCUUUUGGAGUGGCACUGGUUGGUUAUGUAGCCUCACUAGCUCUUGCUCAAGGCUCUGCUAAAAAGUUUAAAUACACUGUGGAUGACAACCAGGAAUUUUUGGCUCAUGGCCUCAGCAACGUGAUUCCUUCAUUUUUCUUUUGCAUACCAAGUGCUGCAGCGAUGGGACGGACGGCGCUUUUAUACAGUACAGGAGCCAAAACACAGGUGGCUUGCCUUAUCUCUUGUGUAUUAAUUCUUGUGGUGAUCUAUGCAAUUGGACCUCUGCUCUACUGGCUUCCUAUGUGUGUGUUAGCAAGCAUUAUAGUUGUGGGCUUGAAGGGGAUGCUAAUGCAGUUCCGUGACUUAAAAAAAUAUUGGAAAGUGGAUAAAAUAGACUGGAGCAUAUGGGUUAGUACCUAUGUGUUUACAAUAUGCUUUGCUGCUAAUGUGGGACUGUUGUAUGGCGUUGUCUGCACUAUAUUAAUCGUGAUUUUUCGCUUUCCCAGAGCAAAGACACUCAAUUUGAAAAAUACGAAAGAGGUGGAAUAUAAAUACAAGGCAGAAGAUAAUAGUGAAUCAUUAAAACAGGUAAAAAUAGUUUCAGUCAACAGCCCGUUAGUCUUUUUGAAUGCCAGAAAAUUUCAUGCUGACCUGUUAAAGAUAAUCCAGAAGGAUGGCAUGAGCAGCCAGUGUGAGCAGAACACAUUGCUCUGUUCAUUUUCCAAUGGAAGUUGUCAUGGCGAGUCGGUGCAGUCAUGUCACAGUGAGCGACGUGUUUUGAUAUUAGACUGCAGUGGACUGAAUUUUUUUGACUACUCUGGAGUCUCAGUGCUUCUUCAGAUUUACGUGGACUGUAAAAACAGAUACAUCGAUGUGUUGCUAGCACACUGCAAAGCUUCCUUGAUGAAAGCAAUGCAGUAUGGUGGAAAUCUUGAAUCUGACAAUCCAGUAUUUUUUGAAUCUAUUUCUUCAGCAAUUGAGGCCAUUCAUAUUCACAGGAAUUACAGCAAGUUCAGUGAACAGAGUGAAGUGUGAUGCCCACCCAUUGAGCAUCACUAGUUUCAUCUGCUCAUAUUCAAAAUGAACUACAUCAUGCCUUCUUAACUUUUUUCUCCACUGGGUCUCAUAGAUGAUCUUUUAUAUGCCAUGUAUAUUUAGCACAUUCAGUAAUGACAGAUCUGCCUUUCAAAAAGAAAAUCUUUCAGAUGCAAUCACUCAGAGAAUGUUCAUGCAAUUGCUCUACAGUGGUUUUAUAUAAUAUUUUUAUAUACAUUUAGAUAAAAAUUAUUAGAAAGCAGACACGAGGUAUUAACUGUGUUUACCAGUUAGGUGUAUUCUUUUAGAUAUCUUCUAUUGUAACAUUAGUUGGAAUAAGCAUUUGUAGUUUUGUGUAUGGAAUAGAGACAUUAUGAAUCUUUAAAAGAGCAUGCUAUAAUUGAUACAGUAUCCACAGGAAGGCAUAUACCAAUGCAUACUGUUUCUAAUGGCUUUACUUACUCUCUCCUCUGUUCAGGCCAGCCUCAGUAACAGCAUCAUAUCACAGCUAUCAUAUGCUUCCGCUUUUUUUACUUUGGCUUUGUCUGCUUUUUAAUGCCUGCCCAGAUCAAUGGGAGAACUUGCAAGUAUAUGCAGAGAAGGCAGAUGCAUGUUCACUAAGAACCCUGGAUUGCUUCCCCUCUAUUAGUUGUCUUCUGCUAUUAUGGUUUGCUACAUUUUCAAAGCCACAGGUAUUCUGUAGCUGAGGUAGCUGAGAGGUGAUUGUAGGGACACAUAAGGUGUGGGCCACAUUUCAGCCACAAUCCUGAUGUGCAGUACUGUGUGUGAGCACACAAAGUGGGUGGAGGAAUUCACAAGUUGAGUAUUUGGUUUGUAUUUAUGAGUUUUCAGCAAUCGUGUUAGAUUAUAUUAUCACAUCAAUAUCAUGUUAUAUGGCAACAUAUUGAGGCCUUCCAGUACCUGAAGGGAGCCUACAAGAAACAUGGAGAGAGACUAUUUACAAGAGCAUGUAGCGAUAGGACAAGAGGGAAUGGCUUCAAACUGAAAGAGCGUAGGUUUAGAUUAGAUAUUAGAAAAAAUUCUUUACUGUGACAAUGGUGAGGCACUGGAACAGGUUGCUCAGAGAAGUUAUGGAUGCCCUAACUCCGGAAUUGUUCAAGGCGAGGUUGGAUGGAGCUUUUAGCAACUUGUUCUAGUGGAAGGUGUCCCUGCACACGGCAGGGUGUUGGAACCAGAUGAUCUUUAAGGUCCUUUCCAACCCAGGUUAUUCUACAAUUCUAUGUAUGACUUUUUUCUCUUGCCUUUGUUCCCUUAUGUGAACACCAGCAGUAAAAUGUGAGUUGAGCAAAAAGGAAUCAACAAAUGAGAAAGAUGAGAAAGUAGGAUUUUUUUCAUAAACUUAAAAAAAAUCUAUGGAAGCUAAAGGUAAAUGAAUAUGGCACAGCCAUAAUGGCCAUCUUAGCACUACAGAGAGGAGGGAAGUACAAGGAUGCUUUGUGCAGCUGACACAUAUAGGCAAAAUCUAGUGCUAAGCAUUCUGUUUUCAGCAGCAAUUAUAUCUGUGUGCUCUGCCCAAAGCUGCUGCCUGCAGGAGAUGAGGUGGCUCAUGGAGUGACUUUUGCAUCUCUACAUAGUUAAGAAAUUGAUAAGCUUUUCCUCAAGUCUCGGUAACUCCACACUACUAGAUGAUAAUGGGAGAAAGCCGUGGGUUUUUUUGCCCUUUCAGUUAUGAGUGACUCUUGUAGUUAUUCUCUACUUUGUCCCACAGAUAACCAGAAAUGUUCUGUACAAGUUCUUCUGAGACUGCUUUGGUAAUUACUAUGCAAAAGGUUGAUAAGUAACUGUGAGAAACUCAUUAUACACAGGAGAAAUAAAUUCUGUGUACUAUCUCAAGCACAUUAAUUUCAGAUGCUGUAGUUGAUUGCAAAUGGCUCAUUACAUCACUGGACUCAGUAACAGGCUAUAACAUUUGAUUAAUAAUUUCCUCAAACAGUUUUAGUAAUUUAUUAACACUUUAGAAACUAUUUACAAUGUACUUUAAUCAUAGAAGCAUCAAUUUUAUGUCACAGCUGAAUGGAGAUUUCUACUUAACUGCAAACUGAAUAAAUGAAUAAAUGGUAUCUUUUCUACUAGGUUCAGCAUUUGUUCUUUGUCAGCUAAAUGUUUUUUCUGAAAAUUUACAGAUAAGUUGAUUAACGAAAUUGUCAAAAAUAGGGUCAUUAGCAAAGAUAACAUCUACCAGGAGACUUUCACUUUUGUUCUGAAUGAUCUUGUAAAUGGAACAACACAGAUACUUUUAAAAUUCCAUGUAGUAUUAGCCUUUAAUGAAACCUUCUGCAUUUAAUGAUCAAUUUUGUAGUGCUUAUGAAAAUUGCUUCCAAUUUUUACUGCUUUCAAUCGGAAUAAUUUUUGCCCAGUUAAAUGGCUGUUUUAGGGAUGAACAUUUAUCUCCCAUUAGUUCCAAUCUUCCAACACUGGGCUUUGGGAUAGUUGUAAUAUUUCUGUAAUCUCUUUUGCUGCAUAUAAUAAGUCUAAAUAACUUUCCAUUUCUGAGUUAAUUAUAUUCCCUGUCUGACAAGUGGCAUCACUCAAGAUAGUUGUUUCUCAGCAGAACAGAGUGUUUAAGGGACAUAUGAAGGUAGCUGCCCUUUCAAUUUCUUCUAAAAUACCUGUAUUGAGUUUAAGCUCUGUCAAACCAGAACUGCUCUACAGAACUAUGGGCAGUGAGUGAGGGAGUGUCAUUUUUUUUUUACCACUGACUUAGUAGAGCAAAUUGCAAAUGACUUCACUACUGAUUCAGUUUCCAUUUCUCCACCACCUACCCUUCUGAGCUAUUGAUGUUUCCUAAAACAUGUUAUUGUGCAUUGCCUGUCUUCAAAAGGCCGGGAUACCAUGGCAUCAGACCUCAUGGAUCACCAGAUCACUGGCUACUCUGCUGGUGGCAUGGGAGUUGCUUCAUGUCCUCCCUGAGUUGCUCUCUGCGAAUCCCUGACGCUGGUGUGUUUGUGCCACUCAGAGUCAACUAACAAACAACUGCUUAAUUCUUUGGUGAAGAUUUAAGGAAACACCCUAAUACUGGAUUAAGUUUUGGAGGCAAUUCCCACUAUUAAUUUUAACCCUUCCCUCAAUGCUUUUUUAUGCAGACUGGCCACUGGCUUUCCUCUGGCUCUCAGAAAGAAUUAUUAUGUAAAUAUAUGGAAGCCCAACCCAAAACAUCACAAUUCGCUUCACUGGAAUAGAAUGGAAUGGAAUAAAAUAGAAUACAGUAGAGUAACAUUUGAAAGAAACCAACAGUGAUCACCUAGUCCAAAUGCCAUAAUUAUAGAAGAAUAUCAUAAUUAGAAUAAGCCAUACUUAUUCUUCUCAUCCAGAAGGGCAAAGGGAACCAAACUCAUCCUGUACCAAAGAGCCUGCACCAAGUCUGUGUGUCCUUAUGGCUGUGCAGGCUCUGGCCUCACUAUCCCAGUGGAGGUGAAUUACAGUCAGGAACAGUAAGGGGCUUAGUUAUUUGUGCCCUGCUGAGGCAGACAUUCAUCUUUGUACCUUCAGCCUUACUUACUGGAACAUCCCUAGGGACUUUUCAGAAUAAUGCAAAGUUUUACUAGCUGUGGUUAUGUCUGUGAGCUUGUGCAGUGUUAGCAAUAAGAGCAAAGUGUGGAGCUCUCUCUCUCCUAAGUGAUUCCUAAAGGUGCAAGAGAGAUACUGCACCUGCCAGCAGAGGCUCGAGGAAGUCUCUCAUUUACAAAGAGGUUCCAAGUAAUGAAACCAAUGAAUUUACUACUCUGAGCAAGCAAUUCUGAAAAUCUAACCAUUCACUUUGAUUCCUGUGUGUACACUUAGAUGCUCAGAUUUUAUACUGCAAAAUUCAGUAUGUGUGAGUCACCUAGCUUUUGCAAAUCAGUGCUUCAAUUUUGUUCAUUUGGUGUAUUCUGCACUUCGGAGGAGAACUUUAAUACAAGAUUGUUUUCUAGAGAUGGUCCAAUGUUAUCAGAGAUGACAUAACAUAUUUGCUUGAUGUGUUUAGGAAUUUUUAGCUAUUUUUAGGAACUUGUUCUACAUUUUUAAUAGUACAUCAUGUGAGUGAAGAAUUUUUAUCAAUACUUAAGAUUUGCUAACCAGAGUAUAUUAAAAUGGUGAUCUGAUCAUAUGCUUCUUACAGAAUUUGUUUCACACAUUCCAAAACAAAGGAAGCAAUGAGGAAAAAACUAGGGAGCAAACUGAUGUUAAAGAAUGAGUAUAAUGGCAAUUAAAAAUUAGGCAUAAAAUAUGUAAUAAGGAAAAGACUGUUAACAUUAUAUUUAUGCAAAUUAAAUGUUUCUAA